CCCGCCUAGUCGGGUUAAGUAGGUGGACUCCCUAAGUCGUUUCACGGUCUCAACCCGUCGACAGCUUACCCGAACGCUUCAAUACAAGCAUAAGGUAAUAGGGUACCCAUUAAAACUCUGGCAAUUGCUUCUUGUUUAUGUUCCCUCCAUACGAAGUUGCCCUACAACAAUGAGCGCCACUCCUGAAGACAUGAUCCCCGCGCCAGGAGAGUGGCCCGUGGAUCCCCAAGAUGAUGUACCCAUUUCGGACAAUCGCAUUUGGGUAGACGGAUGCUUUGACUUUAGCCAUCAUGGCCAUGCGGGCGCUAUGCUCCAGGCUCGCCAACUGGGAGACGAGCUUUAUGUCGGUGUUCACUCUGACGAAGCAAUCCUCGAGAAUAAGGGGCCGACAGUUAUGACACUGGAUGAACGAGUAGCUGCAGUGGAAGCAUGUCGCUGGGUGACUCGCUGCGUUCCCUCUGCUCCUUAUGUGACAUUUUUACCUUGGGUUUCGCACUACGGCUGCAAGUAUGUCGUCCAUGGCGAUGAUAUCACUUCCGACAGCAAUGGGGAGGACUGCUACCGGUUUGUUAAAGCUGCAGGGCGCUUUCGUGUGGUUAAGAGAACGCCGGGAAUAUCCACGACAGACCUUGUUGGGCGAAUGCUUCUGUGUACGAAAAACCAUUUCGUCAAAAGCGUAAAAGAUACCCUCAACGGGGAAGAAGGAUCUGGAAGUCUGGAAGAGCGCAAGCAUUCGGCCAAUAGUCUCAUGCAAAGGAUUCGUGAUUAUGCCACUGACGAGACUGGUCUACAGCCUGGCCCGCAGGUUUGGAUCUGGAACGGAUCGAGUUCUGCGAAACUUGGGAACACAGUCGAGGAACCUGGAGCAUUCGAGACAGUUGUGAACGGAAAGUUGCCAAGGCCUGGACAGCGAAUCAUCUAUGUCGAUGGGGGAUUUGACUUGUUCUCAUCCGGGCACAUCGAAUUUCUUCGACAGGUCUUAACGCAGGAGGAAUUGGAAGGCCACCGGCGUGGUUGGUAUGACGAAGAGCAAAAAGUCAAGAGAGUCAAAGAAUACGGAGAGGACUAUGGCCCUGCCUAUGUGGUUGCUGGCAUACAUGACGACGAUGUUAUAAACCACUGGAAAGGCCUCAACUACCCCAUCAUGAACAUCUUUGAACGCGGGCUAUGCGUUCUGCAGUGUCGCUAUAUACAUGCUGUGAUCUUUUCCUCGCCAUUCUCCCCAAGUCAAUCAUACCUGGAGGCCAUGCCACUAGGCGUUCCAGAUGCAGUUUACCACGGUCCUACUACGUUCAUACCCCUCACCUAUGAUCCUUAUGUGGCACCCAAGCGGAUGGGCAUUUUCAAAGAGACAUCUAGCCAUACGUACCAGCAUGUGAAUGCCGGUGAGAUCGUUGACAGAAUAUUGAAAAGUAGGGAAGCCUAUGAAGAAAGACAGCGCGCCAAACUCGAAAAGGGUGUUGUUGAGGAGUUGGUCAAGUCCAAAGAGUCAGCAUCUGCCUAGAUAGCAAUGGUGUAUAACAAAGCCGGGCAAAAGCGCUUCCAUAGAACAUGAAAUGAUAUAUAAUAAAGAAGACGGAGAAUAAGGGAGGGACGCUCGGAGAUAGC